AUGGAUGCGGUUGCUCGUGAUCCAUCUUAUGUCGAUGCCAAAUUCCACAUCCGUAAUGAUUGGGCACGCAAGACUCCCGAACAGGCCGCCGCCGAAGGUCUCAAAUACGUCACGGAGCGAUGGAUACAGAAGCGGCCGCUGCUCUAUCAUGACGUUGAAAAGUGGGCCAAAUUAGACAAGCCGGGGCAUUCGUUUUUGGAGUUCGAGGGCCGAUCAUGGACAUACAAGCAGUUCUUUGCAGACGUGCAACGCGUGGGCAACUGGUUGAUGCACGACCUUGGAAUCGCGCCAGGAGAGAUGGUGGCACUAAACGGGCCCAACACCGCCGAAUGGGUGUCGCUGUGGUAUGGCUUGGAGGGCAUUGGGGCACGUGAAAGUUUCAUCAACCACAACCUGACCGGUGCCUCGCUUGCGCAUUGUAUCAAGCUAUGUAAGCCUCGGAUCGUGCUGGCAGACCGGGACACGACCGAACGCAUCGAGCCUUGCCGGGAAGAGCUGGAGAAGAAUGGUAUCAAGAUUGUGUACUACGAUGAGGCGCUCUUCAAGACCAUGCUCGACACCACACCGAUACCGAACGAGCGCACAGCUGGAAUGAAGCCCGACGACAUUCGAAGCUUGAUUUACACAUCCGGAACGACAGGCCUGCCUAAAGGUGUUAUGAUGCAGACAGGGCGUGUCUUGAACGCGAGUCGCGCAUUUGCUGAACUGCUGAACUUGACGCAGGAGGACAGGUUCUACACCUGUCUGCCAAUGUAUCAUGCUGCUGCGCAAGGACUCGCCUUCGGACCCGCCGUCCACGCCGGAGCAUCGGUGUGCCUCGGCCGGAAAUUCUCCCAGCGCACAUUCUGGCCCGAAGUGUCCGCCAGUAAAGCUACGCAUCUCCAAUAUGUCGGCGAGCUUUGCCGCUACUUGGUCAACUCUGCGCCGCAUCCGCUGGAACGACAGCACAAGGUGCAGGUCGCCUGGGGCAAUGGGAUGCGCGCCGACGUCUGGGAGCGCUUCCGCGAACGGUUCGGCAUCCCGGUCAUUCACGAGCUCUACGCCGCCACGGACGGCCUUGGCUCGUCCUUCAACCGGAACCGCGGUGCCUUCAGUCGUGGCGCCAUCGGUGUGCGCGGCAAGAUAUGGGACCGCGUCAUGGGUUAUCGUGAAGUGCGAGCACGCAUCGAUCCAGACACCGAGGAACUGAUGCGGACGCCGGAAGGCCACGCGAUCAAGAGCGCCGUCGGCGAGCCUGGUGAGGUCCUGAUCAAGGUGGACCCUGCACUCGCACCACAGGCAUUCAAGGGCUACUUCGACAACGCGGCCUCGACGGAGAAGCGUUGGAUACGGGACGUGUUCGAACAGGGCGAUCUGUGGUUCCGCAGCGGCGAUGUCAUGCGGCAGGACGCCGACGGCCGGUUGUACUUCGUCGACCGUCUGGGCGACACAUUCCGAUGGAAAUCGGAGAACGUCUCGACCAACGAAGUCGCGGACGUCCUCGGCACGCACCCGCAGCUGGCGGAAGUGAGCGUCUACGGCGUGAGCGUACCCAACGCCGACGGUCGCUGCGGCUGCGCCACGGUCGUGUUGCAAUCGGGCGUCGACGCCACUGCGUUGAACCGCGCCGGGCUGGCCGCUCAUGUCCGCAGCCGGCUGCCGCGGUACGCCGUGCCGGUCUUCCUCCGCGUGACGCCGCAACUCGCAUACACGGGCACGUUCAAGAUCCAGAAGGGCCAGGCGAAGCGGGAGGGGAUCGACCUCGACCUCAUCGAGAAGUCCGGGAGCAACGAUGUGGUCCUGUGGCUGCCGCCGGACGCCGCCGAGUACAAGCCCUACCGCCGCGAGGACUGGGAGGCGCUGCGCAGCGGCCGCCUGAAGCUGUAA